AAGUAGGUGCAAAGGAACCUUUUUUAAUUGUUCAUCGUGACCAGGAACCAAACCCACAACCUCCCCCUUCCAGUACUCUCAUGACUCCCACCAUUUUCUUUACGCAACGAACUCACAGAUCUCUAGAAGGCUUAUAUUUCAGCUUUGACUCUGAGAUCAUGAUCAGUUUGUUGUUUUUUGCUCGAGGAGAAAAUGGAGGUAGUUCCGAUUAAACCCAGCACCCCACACCUUUAGUCACCUCGGCUUCUUCCCUUGCAGCUUAAGGGACGAAAUUCCUCCUCUUAUCGCCAAGAUCAUUCGCCAAUCGCUUUCAAGAUCCGUUUUUUUCAGUUAAUUUAUGAUUUAUAAGAGCAAAUACGGCCAUAACUCAUCAUUCUGGCCGUCUAAUCCUCAAUCGCAAGCUCCAAUCCUCCUGUCCGAUAAUUUCUCCUCUAUUUUAGAGCACGAAGUCUUAAAGAUAAAGUAUUUUGCUUUGCUUUCUUCCUUUUUUUUUAUCAGCCUCUUCGGUGAGAUCCGGUAAGGGGAGGAGCCAUUGAACUGGCGGUCCUGAUCACUUUACUGGUCGAGAUUGUGGCACAUCAAGCGUCAGCGACGUUUUUUCUGUUUUAACAGCAACACCCAAGCCGUCGUCCAUCACUCUUUUCUGAUUUACGGGAAACCCCCUCGAAAAAAAGCUAUUUGCUUGAGCUAGUAGGGUUCUUAACGUCUUUGGAGUUAAAGAAAGCUGCAAAAGAAGUGGAUUUGGGUCUUGUAGAGUUCAGAAAGUAACCAAAAAAGGGGCUUUGAUUGCGGUGUGUGAAGAAUGGGAGCGAUCAGCGGGGAGGAGAUGCAGCAGUUUGAAGCGGUGGUGCCAAUAGAUGAAAUGGACGGCGGCGGCGGCGGCGGUGGAGGGGGGCAUCUGGAGAGGAUAUUAGUGUCGGUGAGAUUGAGGCCGCUGAGCGAGAAGGAGAUCUUGGCCAACGAUCCCGCUGAAUGGGAAUGUAUCAAUGACUCAACAAUCAUCUUCAGGAGUGGCUUCCAAGACAGGCAUUUGACUCCCAUUGCCCACACAUUCGACAGAGUAUUUGGAAGUGAAAGCACAACAAAGCAAGUAUAUGAGGAAGCGGCAAAGGAAGUUGCUCUUUCUGCUGUUAGUGGCAUCAACUCAAGCAUCUUUGCCUAUGGACAAACAAGCAGUGGAAAGACAUACACGAUGACUGGAAUCACUGAGUAUACUGUUGCAGAUAUAUAUGACUACAUAAAGAGGCAUCCAGAGAGAGCUUUCUCCCUAAAGCUCUCGGCAAUAGAAAUUUAUAAUGAAGCUGUGAGAGAUCUCCUCAGCUUGGAUGGGACUCCUCUCAGGCUUCUUGAUGAUCCUGAGAGAGGGACAAUUGUGGAGAAACUUAAGGAGGAGACACUUCACGAUCCGAGCCAUCUAAAAGCACUACUUGCUCUGUGUGAAGCUCAAAGAAGAAUAGGAGAGACCUCAUUGAAUGAAAUGAGCUCCAGAUCCCAUCAAAUACUUAGACUGACAAUUGAGAGUUCUGCUCGUGAAUUCUUGGGGAAAGACAAUACAGCUACGCUUUCUGCUAGUGUGAAUUUUGUUGAUCUGGCAGGCAGCGAGCGUGCGUCUCAGGCAUUGUCUGUUGGUACUAGGCUGAAAGAAGGCUGUCACAUUAAUCGAAGUUUGCUCACUCUAGGAACUGUUAUACGUAAGCUAAGUAAAGGAAGAAACAGUCAUAUUCCAUAUCGAGAAUCUAAGUUGACACGCAUACUGACCAUGUUUAGGAGGCAAUGCGAGAACUGCCAUUAUCUGCACAAUCUGUCCCGCACGGAGUCAUAUGAGCAAUCUAGAAACACGCUUCUCUUCGCAAACUGUGCGAAAGAAGUCGCCACGAAUGCUCAGGUCAAUGUUGUGAUGUCUGACAAGGCGCUGGUUAAGCAUUUGCAGAAGGAAUUGGCAAGGUUGGAGAAUGAGUUGCGGUGUCCGGCAUUAGCCCCGAACAACACUCAUUUUGAAGCACUAUUGAGGGAGAAAGAUGCUCGAAUCAGAAAGUUGGAGAAAGAAAUCAAGGAGCUAAUUCAGCAGCGCGACUUAGCUCAGUCUCGACUGGAGGAUCUCUUACAUGCAGUUGGGGAUGAUCAUUCUUCAAGACAAUUGUUGGAAUCGCCAAACCAAUCAUCAAUAUCUCAUCCAUUCAAUGUUUAUGAUGAUGAAAGUUCAAAGUCUGAGCCACCAGAAGCUGCUCACAAUGGUUCAAAAUCUGGGUUUGCCAAAAUAAGAAAAUUUGAGAGCAAAAACCAAAGCAGAAAUCAUCAUGGUUUUUCAGAAGAUUCAAAAAAUGGAGAUUUCCCCCCCAAACUCUCUCAAAGUAAACAUAGAUCACACAGAUGGAAUCCCACUCACGCCGAAGAAGACGCUGAUCAAGAUGCUUCUGAAAAUUCUGAGGAACUUUGCAAAGAAGUUAGGUGUAUUGAGAUGGACGGAACUGGCCAAAGAGAAAACUCUAAUUUUUCGUUGCCAGAAGCAAGCGAAACCCGGCCAGUCCAGACUUCUAAUGUCGCCAGGAAUGGAGAACAUGAGCCUAACCCCACAGGUUCACCAUUUUUGACACUAGAACACCAUCUACAUAGUGUCAGGGCAUCGCAUCCCGACGAAUCUUUUCUACGGUCUUCAUCUCGAGAAUUACAUGGUUCUGGGGCCAUGUUACCAAGGAGAAGCAGAAGUUGCAGGGCAACAUUUUCGACGAGCUACUCCCCUGGAUUUGCAGAAGCAGACCAGUCUGACUAUACACCCCCUACCAGCUCUCUGAGAGAUUUCCCCGGCAGGCCUCGGGCGCUUCAAGGACGACUUGAAAUGCUAAAUCAUGAUGCAGAAAAUGGAAGCUUUUCAAGAGACGAUGCUUCCCGUGUCCUUCUUAAGGAGCAAGAUGAUGCGCGUUCUUCUAAAGAAGACAUAACCACCAUCCAGGACUUCGUUUCAGGAUUGAAAGAGAUGGUUCAGGUUCAUCAAAAUCAGCUCGUUGAUGGUCAGGCUGGCAGUGAAGUGAGUGGAACAAUGAAGAGUGUUGGCCUGGAUACAAUCCCAGACCCCAUGGAUUCUCCAUCACAUUGGCCACAGGACUUUGAGAAGAAGCAGCAAGAGAUAAUCAAACUCUGGAAUGAAUGCAAUGUUUCCCUGAUCCACAGAACAUACUUCUUCCUGCUCUUCAAAGGCGAUCCGGCUGAUUCGAUUUACAUGGAAGUUGAGCUCAGGAGACUAUCCUUCCUGAAAAGAACAUUCUCGCUGCGAAAUUCUGGCAGAAUACCGGGCGACAACGGUCGGUAUGUUACUCUAGAAUCAAGCAUGAGGACUGUGCAACGAGAGCGCGACAUGCUUUGCCGGCAAAUGCUGAAGAGACUGGCGACGGAAGAACGGCUGAGCCUAUAUGUGAAAUGGGGGAUCUCUCUGAACUCCAAGCAGAGGAAAGUUCAGCUGGCUCGGCUCCUUUGGACGAACACAGGCGAUCUGGAACAUGUUAGGGAGAGCGCAUUAACAGUUGCUAAGCUUAUUGGACUGUUGGAAUCAGGGCAUGUUCUCAAGGAGAUGUUUGGGCUGAGCUUUUCACCUCAGAAUUCAUACAGAAGAUCACAUAGAUGGAGGCAUGGGAUUUAUACUUUGAAAUGAUGAAAGUUUUCUAAGGUUUUCAGAUCUGA